UCCAGUAGGAGGAAAAGGGUCCCAAGUACAGGCAACAGAGUCAAAGACAUCCCCCAUUCCCACUGAAAGGACCUAUGUAGGCACAAGAUACUCCAAGAUCAAGUUCUCAGCACAAAGGAGAUUGAUUUGCCCCGGAGGGAAAAGGGGUAGGGAAUAAGAGACAAAGACAGGGCUUUGAUAGUGACAGCGCUGUCGGCAACUUCCACGCGCUCGCUUCUUUCACUUGCCCUGGCACUCCUGAGAAGAUGCCAAAGGCCAAGUUCGCAGCGAGUGGCCGCAGGCAGCGGCAGGAGCAGCACUGGGAGCUGAAGAGGGCCAGAGGACUCAUGUUCAACACAGGGAUUGGGCAGUGCAUUUUGAAAAAUCCUCUAAUUGUAAACAGCAUUAUUGAUAAGGCUGCCUUAAGACCUACUGAUGUGGUGCUGGAAGUUGGGCCUGGGACUGGAAACAUGACUGUCAAGCUGUUAGAAAAGGCCAAAAAGGUAGUUGCCUGUGAACUUGAUCCAAGGCUAGUAGCUGAACUUCACAAAAGAGUUCAGGGCACGCCUCUGGCCAGCAAACUCCAGGUCCUGGUGGGAGAUGUAUUGAAACUGGAUUUGCCGUUCUUUGAUGCUUGUGUGGCAAACUUGCCUUAUCAGACUUCCUCUCCCUUUGUCUUCAAGUUGUUGCUUCACCGGCCAUUUUUCAGAUCUGCUAUACUUAUGUUUCAAAGAGAAUUUGCUCUUGGUUUGGUUGCAAAACCUGGAGAUAAACUGUACUGUAGACUCUCCAUUAAUACACAGCUUUUAGCACAUGUGGACCAUCUAAUGAAGGUGGGGAAGAAUAACUUCAGACCACCCCCCAAGGUGGAGUCCAGCAUUGUAAGGAUAGAACCUAAGAAUCCGCCACCAACUAUCAACUUUCAGGAAUGGGAUGGCUUAGUAAGGAUCACUUUUGUUCAGAAGAACAAGACUCUAUCUGCUGCAUUCAAAUCAAGCGCAGUACAACAGCUGUUGGAAAGAAACUACAGAAUUCACUGUUCAGUCCAUAAUACUGUAAUACCAGAAGAUUUCAGUAUAGCAGAUAAAAUACAGCAAAUCCUAACCAGCACAGGUUUUAGUGAAAAAGGGGCCCGUUCCAUGGACAUAGAUGACUUUAUCAGGUUGCUACAUGGAUUCAAUGCAGAAGGUAUCCACUUUUCCUAGCCAUUUGAAAACAUUUUUUUUCAAGACCAAGAAAAAAAAAAUGAAAUUAUAAUUCCUUAUAUUAUUAUCCUGUAUGUUAAAAGUGGUUGAUUCUACGUAUUUUUUUUUUUGUUUGUUGUUAAGUAUUUUAAAUAUGCUACAAAGGUCAGGGUUCAGUAUACAUGUAACAGUUUUCAAGUUCAAAAGCUGCAGAUAUGCACAACCAUACACUUAAACUUUCAAACAAUUUAUUGUAUAAAGAUGUUACUUUAUUCACUGUGUUAUGGACUGUGAGGCCUACUUUAGGCCUGCAGCUUACUCUGUCAACUAGUCACAGAUUCCCCCAAUAUUCCUCCUUGUUCACAUGUAUAGUAAGUUACUUAACAUGACU